AAGGUUUGUUAUUUGCACCCUUCCGCCUACUGGGGGAUGCCAUUAUUGUUCCUACAUUGCUGACCAUGUGCUGCCAGUUCUUUGAGAUCAGUCCUCUGCCCAUCCAGCAGCUCCAGAUAAUUGUUUUGAUGUAUUGCUAUAUGGAUGGGAUUUGCAUGCCCUUCAGUCCUGCUGAUACAAAAUGCCUUUAAGAUCCUGCCUUUACCAUCCUAAUCUACAAAGGAAACAGGAAAAAGGAACUUAAACUCCCUGUACUCAGACAGCAAUGAGACUGUUCCAGCUUGCUCCAGCACUGCACUUUCUUGCCUGUGACUUGUAAACAAGAUUCAGCGUACCAUGCAAAGGAAGAGUAACCAGUAAACCUUCUACCCCAGUAAAAGGAUACUCCUAACUCCAUGAGCUGCUGUAAAAACUGGAUGGAUAUAUUUUGGAAAUCAUGGAUGCUUUAGCACAUUUAGCUCUCUAUGGAUUCAGCCUGAUGAUUUCUGGUAAAGUGGAAGCAGCACUGGACCUGAUACUGAUCAAUUCAUUCCCUCUGGUGGGCAACUCAGAGACCUCACUUAUCUGUAUUGCUUCCAAAUGGCAUUCCAGUGAGCCUAUCACAAUAGACAGAGAUCAGGCAGAUGUGACAAACCAACACCGAGAGCUGCUGGAAGUUAAUGAAGACUCGAAGAGAACAACCGCCAAAAAAGUGGUGUGGAAAAGGGAACAGGCUAGUGAAACUAUUGGAGUGUACUACUGUGAAGGGAAAGUCAAGGAUGAGGUGACAAGGAUACAUACAAUGAAGAUGCCACUAGGAGCUUCAUUCCAUCCAGUGGCCUUAACUCUUACAGCAAAUAAGGGAGAACAUGUGAAAAUUUCCUUCAUCAGAAUGGCAGCAAAAGAGGAAGAUGCAGUGAUCUACAAAAAUGGUUCUUUCAUUCACUCUGUGCCCAGACACGAAGUGCCGGGUGAACUACAAGUGUCCUAUUCCCAAGUUCAGCCACAGGAUGCAGGGAUUUACUCUGCCAGAUACAUAGGAGGAAACCUCUUUACUUCUGCUUAUACAAGGCUGAUUGUAAGACGGUGUGAAGCUCAGAAAUGGGACCCUACCUGUAGCUCUCGCUGCCCUAUUUGCAUGAACAAUGGCAUUUGUCAUGAAGAUACUGGGGAAUGCAUCUGUCCUCCAGGCUUUAUGGGAAAAACAUGUGAGAAAGCUUGUGGAGCCAAUACAUUUGGCAGAACGUGUGAAGAGACCUGUAAAGAAAACUCUGGCUGCAAAUACUAUAUGUUCUGCUUACCAGAUCCAUAUGGUUGUUCUUGUGCCGCAGGAUGGAUGGGACUGGAAUGUGAUAAAGAGUGCAAACCUGGUUUUUAUGGAUCGGAUUGUAAACUCAAGUGUAAUUGUCACAGUCGAGGAACAUGCGACAGAUUUAAGGGCUGCAUCUGCUCCCUUGGCUGGCAUGGUCUGCAAUGUGAAAAAGAAGGUUCAGCAGAUCUUUCACCUCAGAUAGAGAAUUUAUUAGAACCUGUGGAACUCAAUUCUGGUGUAGAGUUUAAGCCUUUUUGUAUAGCUACUGGCAAACCACUUCCUAAAUCUGAAGAGUUUAAACUUUUGAAACAAGAUGGAACUGUCCUUAAGCCUUCCUUACUUAUUACCAGCAAUCACUCAGAGGCAAUGUUUACUAUUAAUCAAAUCCAGCCUCGUGACACAGGAACCUGGGUCUGCAGUGUUCAGACAGUAGCAGGAAUGACAGAGAAGCUAUUCCAAGUUACAGUUAAAGUUCCUCCUGUGCCGCAAUAUGCCCCAAGGCUGACAGACAGUGGACAUAAUUUUCUCAUUAUUAAUAUCAAUGCUGAUUCCCAUCUUGGAGAUGGACCCAUUGUGUCAACAGAACUCCUGUACAAGCCAGCAAAAUACGAUCAGUCCUGGCUAUCUGUGGAAGUAAAAGGAAAAACCAAAAGAUUUGAUAAUCUGGAACCAGAAACAGAGUAUCAGUUCUGUGUUCAGCUGAGUCGGCAGGGGGAAGGUGGAAAAGGCCAUCCUGGACCAGAGGCCAGCUUCACAACAGCUGCGCUUGGUCUUCCUCCACCAGAAGGUCUCAUUCUCCUUCUGAAAAGUAUGACAUCACUGAAUUUGUCAUGGCAUCCUUUAACACCUAGGACAGAGGAUGACAUUCAUAUUGAGGUAGAAAGGAAGAGUGUGAAUGACAAUGGUGGUAAGAACAGUGUUAUCACCCAAGUGCCAAGAAAUGUGUCCACUCUGAUCAUUAAAGACCUUGAGCCCAGGCAGCAAUAUGUGUGCAGGGUAUGGGUGAACACCAGGUCCCAAGGAGAAUGGAGCAACCACCUAUAUGCAUGGACUUUCAGUGACAGAAUCCCUCCUGAACCAUACAACAUCAAGUUUUCUAACACCACAGACACAUCCUCAGUCAUCUCUUGGACAACUCCUGAAGGACGUUCCAUCUCCUCCAUCAUCAUCGGCUACAAAAUUUAUGGCAAAGCUGAAUACAACCACAUCAAUAUUAUGAUAAAGAAUACCACCAUUACUCAGUAUCAUCUCAAGGGUCUUGAGCCAAACACUGUAUAUCAGGUCCAGAUUAGUGCCCAAAACAACAUUGGCUUGAGCAACCCAAACACAUCUUCUGAAUUGAAGACUCUUCCAGAAACAAAAGCUCUAUACAAAUCAAAAGGAGAUAAAAUGCUGCUUAUUGCUAUCUUUGGCUCAGCGGGGAUGACCUGUAUAACAGUCCUCCUGGCCUUUCUCAUCAUACUGAAAUUAAAGCGAACCAACAUCCAGCACAGAAUGGCUCAGGCCUUCCAAAAUGUGGUGAGGGAAGAGCCAACUGUACAGUUUAAUGCAGGUACUUUCACCCUAAGCAGGAAAGCUAAAAGCAGCCCAGAUCCCACUGUCUAUCCAGUUCUUGAGUGGAAUGACAUCAAAUUUCAAGAUGUGAUUGGGGAGGGUAACUUUGGGCAAGUCCUUAAAGCACGAAUUAAAAAGGAUGGCUUACGCAUGGAUGCUGCAAUUAAAAGGAUGAAAGAGUAUGCCUCAAAAGAUGAUCACAGAGACUUUGCUGGAGAACUUGAAGUUCUUUGUAAACUUGGUCAUCAUCCCAAUAUCAUAAAUCUUUUGGGAGCGUGUGAACAUCAGGGGUAUCUUUACCUUGCUAUUGAAUAUGCCCCCCAUGGAAAUCUGCUGGAGUUCCUGCGGAAAAGCAGAGUGCUAGAGACAGACCCAGCAUUUGCUAUCACCAACAGUACUGCCUCUACACUAUCUUCUCAGCAACUUCUGCAUUUUGCAGCACAUGUAGCAAGAGGGAUGGACUACUUAAGCCAGAAACAGUUUAUUCAUCAAGACUUGGUGGCAAGGAACAUCUUGGUUGGAGAAAACUAUGUUGCAAAAAUAGCUGACUUUGGCUUAUCAAGAGGUCAAGAAAUUUAUGUUAAGAAGACCAUGGGACGGCUUCCAGUGCGAUGGAUGGCAAUUGAAUCAUUGAAUUACAGUGUUUAUACCACAAACAGUGAUGUGUAA